AUGCCUUAUAUCUUGUUGAUUUCUGGAUUGAUAGGGAGCAGGGAGCCUGCUGGAGCCGAAAUAACCAGAGUAACAGAAGGAGCAGAGCGCAUGAUGGUUACUGGAAAUGGUAUGAAUUUACUUCCGAAGCAAGUAAGCAACAAACUCCCUCAGCAGCAAUUGAUGGUGGAAGAGGACAAGGGCAUCUUGGAGGGGUUGGCUGGUCUUAACCACAAACACACAUUUAUAUCAACUCUUACUUCCACUGCGAUGUCAGGACCCCCUACGAUGCACUCCAUCCUUGUAGACUCACAGAUGCAUGCAGUCACUCCUGCUGAACCAGCUACUCGGGCUCAUGCUUUUAUCGCCACCACCAAAGGGGACUACUUCGGGGCAACUUGGCCUGCCACCUCUACCACAGCCGCAGCGGAAAUCGUUCCUUUUAAUUUCUUGCUUGGUAAGGAGCAAGCAGUAAGGAGCACGUAG